AUGCAAUCGGAGUCCACACUCGCCCCCAAACAGCCCCCUUCCGACCGGCACGAGGUGAUAGCCGUGCUGGAGUCCAUACACGUGCCGUGGGAGGACUUCGACAGCAGCCCCAGGACCAACGAGGCGCUGCUGUACAAGAACACCAUCGCGGGUGAGGAUGAUAUUGCCGCACGGAUCAGGGACGCCAGCAUCGUCAUCUGCACGAUCUGUAGGCUCACGGCUGAGACGCUGAGGCAGGCGCCGUACUUGAAAUGCAUCAUCAGCCACGCCGUGGGGACGGAUCACAUCGACCUGGCCUACUGCCGGGAGGCCAACAUCCAGGUUAUGACCUGCACAAACUGCAACACCGAGUCUGUUGCUGAGCACGCCCUCUCGUUGUACUUUGCCACGAGGCGGAGUCUCGUCUCUGUCCACAACACACUGGCCGACUUUGGGCCAGACCGCCCCAACGGGUGGAAGUCCAAGGGCAGCCUGAACAAACUGAUGCGCGACGGUACAGGGGCGCCGCCGCGGACGUGCGCGCAGGAGACAGCGGGCGUGGUCGGCUACGGCGCCGUGGGGAAGCACAUCGCCAGGCUGUGCAGGGCCUUAGGGAUGGAGGUGAUGAUCUCGCAGCGCAAAGGCGACGCUGCUCCCGGCACGGCAAUGCCCCUCACAAAUGGUCAGCAAGAAGGAGUGGCAGCAGCAUCAGCAGCGGGUGGGGAGCCGCCGCGCGUCCCGUUCAAAGACGUCCUCACGCAGGCGACCGUCCUCUUCCUGGCGCUGCCUCUCACCCCCCAGAGCACAGGCCUGAUCUCCGCGCCCGAGCUGUCGCAGAUGCGGCCCGACGCUGUCUUGGUUAACGUGUCGCGGGGCGGGAUCGUCGACGAGGCGGACGUGGUGGGCGCGCUGCAGUCCCGGGCCCUGUUCGGGUACGGCACCGACGUGUUCGCGCGGGAGCCCGCUGGCGGCAGCGACGACAGCCCUCUGCUGGGCGCCGCUGAGGCUGGGGGGCUGAACCUCACGCUGACGGGCCAUCUGGCCUGGUUCUCGGGCACGACCAUGUCGAACCAGGUGCGCAGGGUUAAGGAGAACCUGAGGGCGUUCCUGGAUGGCGAAAUAGGGCCAGAAGGUAUUGUUGUGCAGAGGGACUUUGAAUCAGGCGAAAGACCGGGCAUUACAGCUGCGUGA